AAGGAUGGAUGCCCUUCAUCUUCAUUCCUCCCUAUGGAUGCUUCCUAUGUGUUGGUGGUUAUAGGUGGCAGCAGUGAAGGCCACUUGAGUUUGGAUGAAGAAAGAAGAGGAUGACCAGCUCCCAGCUGCUUCCAUCCCUGCUACCUAUAGAGUUCAAGUGCAGCCUGCUGAGUGGGGAAAAGAUGAAGAUGAUCGGUGCUGUGCUGCUGGUGACGCUGCUGUGUGUGGUGCCCCUGGGCAGCGGCUCUGAACGUUGUGAUGACUGGGGUGUGGAUACCAUGAAACAGAUCCAGAUUUACGAUGGGGAACCCGCCAAGAUCAAAUGCCCACUUUUUGAGACCUUCUUGAAGUACAACUACAGCACAGCUCAUUCUGCUGGCCUAACCCUGAUCUGGUACAGGAUUGGGCAGGACCGAGAUCUGGAGGAGCCUAUUAACUUUCGUCUCCCGGAUAACCGCAUCAGUAAGGAGAAAGACACCCUUUGGUUCUGGCCCGCUCUCCUCAAUGACACUGGGAAUUACACGUGCAUGCUCAGAAACACAACUUACUGCAGCAAAGUUGCCUUUCCUUUGGAGGUUGUUCCAAAAGACCAAGGCUCUUGUGUGAGCCAUUCAAUAAAACCUGUUGAGCAGAUGUUCUACCUGGAGUAUGCUAAUGAAAAGAUCGUAUGUCCAGACAUUGAUGGGUUUUACCCUGCUAGUGUAACACCAACUAUCAAGUGGUACCAGUCUUGCAGGUUAGUGGAUGGCUUCAAUGAACGACAUCCUCAAGGGUCCAAGCUUGUCAUUGGCGUUGUCCGCAGCGCAUAUGAAGGGAAUUACACCUGCAUUGUGACAUUCAAGGACCAUGGAAGAACAUAUAAUCUCACCAGAACCGUAAAGAUGAAGGUGGUAGGAUCUCCAAACAAGGCCUUGCCACCGCAGUUCACCUCCCCAAAUGAAAAAGUUGUCUACGAACUGGAAGCAGGAGAUGAUCUUGUUUUGCCCUGUGAGGUCUUUUUCACCUUUCUGAAGGACUCUCGGACUGAGGUGUGGUGGACUGUAGAUGGGAAGAACACAGAUGACAUCAUGGAUGCCAAAGUCACACAAAGCGAAAUUCCUAGAAGUUUUGAAGACAAAACUAUCAUAAGGACUCUAACAGUUGCAAAAGCCACACCAGAGGACUUGAAACGCAAUUACACUUGCUAUGCCAGAAAUGCCAGAGGGGAAGGCCAUAGCCAGGCCAUAGUGCGCAUGAAAGUUGCAGCACCGAAGUACACUGUGGAGCUGGCCUGUGGACUGGGAGCAACCAUCCUGCUCGUCGUGGUGCUGAUCGUCAUCUAUCAUGUUUAUUGGCUUGAAAUGGUCCUCUUCUAUCGAGCUCAUUUUGGAACAGAUGAAACCAUUCUAGAUGGGAAGGAGUACGAUGUGUAUGUCUCCUAUGCACGCAACGCGGAGGAGGAAGAAUUUGUGCUGCUGACACUGCGAGGAGUCCUGGAAAAUGAGUUUGGGUACAAGCUGUGUAUCUUCGACAGAGACAGCCUCCCUGGGGGAAAUACCACCGAAGCGGUGUUUGACUUCAUCCAGAGGAGCCGCAGGAUGAUCGUGGUGCUGAGCCCUGAUUACCUGACGGAGAAGAGCAUCAGCCUGCUGGAGUUCAAGCUGGGCAUCAUGUGCCAGAACACCAUCGCCACCAAGCUCAUCGUGGUGGAGUACAGGCCGCUGCAAUGCACCCACCCCAGCAUCCUCCAGCUGAAGGAGUCCGUCUCCUUCGUCACCUGGAAGGGAGAGAAGUCCAAGCGCUCGGGCUCGCACUUCUGGAAGGCCUUGCGUCUUGCGCUGCCACUGCGCAGCCUGAGUGCUGGCUCUGGCUGGAACGAGAGCUGCUCCUCCCAGUCUGACAUCAGCCCCGAUCCUGUCCAGAGGAGAAAGAGCCGGUUGAAAGGUCGGCCUGAGACACAGGGAGCCCUCACGCCCCCAGCCUCCACACCGAAGGCCAAGCACCGGGCCUCACGCUUCUUGAUCUGCCAGUGCUGUGGGACCUACUGCCAUGGCGGCAGCAGACUGAAGCGCAAGCGGCGGGCAGUGGCUGAGCCCAGGUGGGAGACCCACCUCUGCAAGGCUGAAGGGCGAGGGGGGCCAGGCAGGAGCCGCCCCGAGCCCCCGCCUGCACAGGGCCCAGCUCUCGCCCUCUGCCAUUACAGCGAUCUAUCAAACAACAAUGACUUCUACGUCCUCUAGCUGAGAGACGGAGCUUGGUGGCACUACAGGUGCUGGGCCCAUGGAAGACAUUCACUGGAGCCUCUGAUGUGACAUUUAUGCAGUAUCAGAGGCAGACCCGGUGUCUUUCUACACUGCCUCACUUGCUGUCAGGCACAAAGGACUGCAGCAACAUCCCAGCUGUCUUGCUGCUGCUGGUCUGAGCCAGGGACCUGCAAUGGCAUGCAGAGCAGCAGUCAGGGCUGCCUAUGCUGGCGAGCCCUUCUCCUUAAUUACAUCGCCAAGUGGAGCUGAGCAUGCCUGAGCAUCUCCUCAGCAUUUCUUGUGGAAGGGCAGGUCCUGCUGGCAUGGUGGGAUGGAUGCAGGGAUGCAGGAAGGGAGGCAGAAGCUGGUGCAUAUGGGGGGAACACCCAGGGAAGGAGAAGGAGAAGGG